GGGCGGGGGCUGGCGGUGUCCCGGAGCGUCCCCGAGUGUUCCCAGGUGCCUCGAGCUGCCCAUCGGUGUCACCUCCGAGCGGCUCCCGGGGUCCGUGUCUCCUCCAGCGGUGCUGCCGUGCGCUGCGGGCUCUUCUACGCCCGUGUCUACCGGCUUCGCUUCGCUCCCCUGAGGCGGUGCCGCGGUGUUGGAAGCGCGUCCCGCGUGUCCAUGAGGCUGCGGCCGCUCUGAGGCUCCCGCGGGUCCGUGAGGCUGCGGCCGCUCUGAGGGAGCCCGAGGAGGGAAGAAUUCCAGGAUGAAGCGCGAAGCAUUUCUGCAAGUUGUGUCUAAAGAGUCAAUUGAAGACUUCCUGCGUUACACUCAGAGCCCUAAAAAUACAUGUGAUCAUUUUGACUUGAAUGAGCUACUUCAAGAAUUGCCAAGGAAGCAGAAAGAAGUGCUAUGGCAGAGACUGACACAGCUGCUGACAGAGAGCUUGAUGGAGAACCCUGUGGAAACAUGGCACAGGACUGGAGAUGAUGAGAAUGAUGAUGACAUGGAAGUUGAGAUAGUUCCAGAAAUGAAACAGACUGUAGCAGUGAUCCAAGGAGUGGCAGCUGUUGUUAUUGCUUCCAUACCUGCCGUGGAUGAAAAUGUAAACUACAAAGCUCUUGCAGAAUGUGUGUUUAUCCUAAACGGUAUCCUUCCUGCAUUAUCUACAUCUGAAAAAAACCUACAGGACGCUAUCCAACGUGUGUGUGAAAUGUGGUGGGAGAAGGGACUGGAGGGGAAGGAGCAGCUGGGGAAGAUUCUGUUUGUCAUUCUGCUGAGGAAAAGCCUGAAUAAAGCUGCUGUGGGUGCAGAUAUAGUUCGUGUAUGGAAUCUACAUCAGGCAUUACUUUGUUUUGAUUAUGAUUCAGAUGAGAGUAAUGAAGUCAAAGACUUGUUGCUUCAGUGUUUUAUGAGUGUAAAACACAUUAAGAAAGAAGAGGGAAGAAGACUCUUGAGUUUUUUGUUCACCUGGAAUGUAAACUUCAUUAAAAUGAUACAUGGAACUGUUAAAAACCAAUUACAGUUCUUUCCAAGAUCCUUGGUGGAAUGCAUUUCAGAAGUUUACUUCAGGGCCUGGAAGAAGAUGUCAGGAGAAUUCACAGAGGUACUUGAAUAUAACUGCAUUCAGGAUUUCAUGCAUCAUGGAAUUCAUCUUCCCAGAAGUUCUUCUGUUCAUUCCAAAGUUAGAGAGAUGCUGAGUUAUUUUCAUAGACAAAGUAAAGUCCGUCAAGGAGUUGAAGAAAUGCUCUAUAGAUUGUAUCAGCCCAUCCUCUGGAGAGCACUAAAGGCCAGAAACUCAGAAGUUCGAGCAAAUGCAGCGUUUUUGUUUGUGGAUGCUUUUCCUGUUCGUGAUCCCAGUUUUACUGCUGAAGAGAUGGACAAUGAAAUUCAGAAACAGUUUGAAGAACUUUUUAGUCUCUUAGAAGAUCCCAAUCCAGUUGUUCGCUCUACAGGGAUACUGGGAGUUACUCAGAUCAUAUCCAAGUACUGGGAGAUGAUUCCUCCAACAAUUCUUGCUGACCUUUUAAAAAAGAUAACUGGAGAUCUGGCCUGUGAUAUAACAUCUGCUGAUGUUCGGUGCUCUGUUUUUAAAUGCCUACCAAUAAUUUUGGACAAUAAAUUAAGUCACCCACUCCUGGAGCAGCUCCUGCCUGCAACCAGACACAGUCUGCAUGAUAAUUCUGAGAAGGUGCGAGUGGCUUUUGUGGAAAUGCUGCUCAAAGUGAAGGCUACCAAGGCUGCCAAGUUCUGGAAUAUCUGUCCCAUGGAGCACCUGCUGUCCCGGCUGGAGGCGGACUCUCGGCCGGUGUCGCGGCGCAUCGUCAACCUCCUGCUCAACUCCUUCUUCCCCAGCGCCCAGCCCGAGGAUGUGUGGUGUGAGCGCUGUGUCACCCUCAUCCAGAUGAAUCCUGCAGCAGCCAGGAAGUUCUAUCAGUAUGCCUAUGAAUUCACUGCCCCCACCAAUAUAGCUAAAUUGAUGCUCACCAUUCGGCGCUGCUUGAAUGCCUGCAUCCAGAGAGCAAUGAAAGCCAGUCUUAAUGAUAGUGGGGAUGAGGAUGAUGAUGAAGAUGGAAGUGAAAAGGAGAACACCAGUGUGUUGGAUAAUGUGUUGUCAGUAAAUGAUGUGGCCAGCAUGGCAAGUUUGUUGGAGAUCACUGUAAUACUCUGGAGAAGCAUCCACAAGGCACUAGAUCAUAAUGAGGAUGCCAAAGAAUAUGCUAUCAAGAAGUUUGCUUCUGUACUUCCUGAAUAUUUUAAAGUAUUUCAGGACGAGCGGUGCAUGGCUCCACUGAUUAUUCUGGCAUCCUUUAUGCCUCCUGCUGCUAUUCCUACAUUCAGCUGUGGUGUGGUUUCCAGACUCAGAAAUACUGACAGUGGAGCUGACCAAAGCAAAUAUUCCAUCCUGAUCGACUGCCUGUGCCGCUGGGGUCAAGUGGGGCACGUUUUGGAAUUAGCCUGCGAUUGGCUCUCUGACUCACUCACCCCAACAAAGAAUGCUAAAACAUCUGGGCGUCGAGUACGGAUCCAUGUAACACAAGAAUCAAAGCCAGACCUAGCAAUUGAUUACAUUGAGUAUUUAUUGACUCAUCCUGUCAAUUGUGGGUGCCUACUUUCUGUUCCUAAAAAUAAACUGAAGAAGCUUUUGAAAAUCCUCGGUGCUGCAAAGAAGUUUCUUGGCUCAGUUCUGGAAGGAACAGAUUCUGGUGGCUGGAAUCAAGCAACCAGCCUAAGAGCCUUCAGCCUCUUCUGCAGAUUGACUGUUCAUCUUCAUCACAAGUUUUCUGAAGAAGGAGAAGAUCACCUUUCACUUCUGAAGGAGACAGGUGCUUGGAUAGAAAGUCAAGUUAUACCUUUUAUACUAGCAAGUGAUCAAGAGGAUGGUAUUUCAAAACACAGUGAUGUUUCUGAAUUCAUUAUCCAGGACUACCUGACAGUGUGUAAAGAUGUCAUAAUGGUGGGCCUGGGAAAUGUCACAUUUCAAGCACACCUGUUAGAAAUGGCUCUUCAGGUUAUGCAAACAGAGAGAGGUGGCUUUUGUGCUCCAGUGUCACUGUGUGCUCUAAAAGAAAUUAUUGAAGCUUCUUUAAAUCAGAAUACUGAGGCAGAGGAAGUGACAAAUCUUUUCCACACUCUACAAAAUGUCUUCCAGAAAAUUUUAGAAUGUGUGGCACACAGACUUAAGAAAGAACAGGAAAAAGGAAUUCAGUUGAUUCACUCUAUUCAGAUGCCUCUUGGAGAAUUCCUCCAUGCACUGCAGUGCUGGCAUUCCACAUUCCCAGCAGUUCACCAGGGUGUUCUCUCCACUCUCCUGGCUGCAAUAGUAGCAGAGAUAAAUUGUGUGCUACAGAAGGCUUCCAGUGAAAAUGACUUGACUAUGCCAAAGACUAUUUCAGACCUUCCCCCUCUUUCAAGCAGUUUAAUGGCUGUAAUUAUGAAGUCAGCUAGUGUUGUCAGGUCAAUUUUAAAUGAAUUAAUGGAGUGCAUUCUCUCGGAAGAAAUUGAAGGGAUUUUUAGUCUAACAGCUACUGUCUGCAUUGUGAUUAUAAUUAAAGGUAAGCACAAAACUUCACUUCUAAAGGAUAUUGCACCUGCCAUUCAAAGGAAGCUGAUAAUGUGCAAGGAUGCUGCCACAGGAGAAUCCAGAGGCACUGAAAGAUUCCUGUGUGAAUCAUCUCUGAAAAUUUUGGAUGAGUUUUUGAAUCCUUGACCACGCAGAAGCUUUUGUCAUGAAAAUUGAGGGAAGGUGUAUUGCUUUGUAAAAAACUUACCUUGUAAACUUGUGAAUUGCUUAAAACUGUUUUCUGUUAUUCUGUACAUUUAAAGCAAGCAAAAUGUAUAAAAGUGUGUAUAGAAAUUAUGUAAUAGUAAAGAUUUUAACAGCUGCAAAAGGGUUGUUCUGUAUAAAAAUGUCUUCUUGGUGGGAGUGUAAAAUCAGUAUUUUUGUAUCUUUGUUUUUGUGAAAGAAAUAAUAAUUGUAUCAUAGAUACUCUUGAGGCUGAGGUUGCAUGUAACCUCAGUUCCUGGGAGGACUACAGCGUAUUCCUAGGGGUUAUGGAAAUGAAUCUUACUUUGAGAUGUGUGAGGGUCAAAAUGCUGAUUUGUAAUAGUCAUCAUGGCUUUAUCAGGGGCAAACUCUGCUUUACCAGCCUGACUUCCCUCCCUUUUGGAGAAGAGGAGAGAGCACAGCAUGUCCUGUUUCCUAUCCUUGGCAAAGACUUUUACACAGUCCUACACAGUAUCCUUACAGCCAAACUGGAGAGAGAUGGGAUGGAUGGGUAGACUUGGAAGAUGAGUGGAAAACUGGCUGGACCAUCAGAGUGGAGGAAUAAUCUGCUAAGGGGUGGCAUUGGCAGCUGUGGCUGUGGCACUGCUGAGGGCAGGGCUGCUUGGUGACAGGGUGAGCAGCAGCCUCGGACUGAUGGCAGGUGACAGCAGCUGGGAGCCACAGCUGACACCAAGGGGCAUCUCCUGAUGUUCAGCAAAGGCCUGGAGCUGAUGGACAAAUCCUGCACCACCCACACAGGCACCUGCACCAGGGCAGCCUCUUGCAUCCUGCUCCUGCCUGCAGGAGGGUAAAGGAAACACUUUCCCCAGAGAUGACUGGAGGAGAAUAUGAGGCUACAGAAACAACUUGAGCAACAGAAUUUCUUGUUGGAUGUGAAAAACAAUCAUUGUGAGAGGGAAAUGGAACUGGAAGAGGUUGCUCAGACAGCCUGUGGAAUGCCCAUCCUUGGAGAUGUGCAGAACUUGGCUGACAAGGGAGGAGGGCUCUGACCUUCCAUGGUGUCACAGCUUUGGAGUUAGCCCUGCUGAGCUGGGGAUUGGAUUCUCCCCUGAGCUUCCUCAUGACUUGAAUAUUCAGGUGAUUCAGUACCCAGUGCAAUGGGGGGAAAUGGCUUAACUAUUAAACAUAGGCUUGAGUAAUAUAUAAAUUGGUUUAUAUUUAACUAUUUUUUAAAAUUAUAGCUAUUUUGAUCAGUUAGUACCAAGGAUGCAGAUAAUGCAGGCAUCUAAGCCACUUAUUUAAUUUUCUUCUUGCAACCAGAUGCUCUCCCAAUGAUGCCUUGUGAAGGCUGACCUAGAAUAGAGGCUAGACAGUGUUAAAGGAAUAAAGUAGGUAUUUAUUAAAAGGUGUAAUGCACCUUGGGUAGUACAAGAACCCAGCUAGGGCUACCCCCAAAAUGAACCCAAAAUGGUCACAAAAUGCAUGACCAGUCAUGGGGUCUCUCACUUUUAUAAGUUCUGGUCCAUUUGCACACUGGAGUUAAUUGUCCAAUUAUAGCUUUAGCCUAAGUCCCAUCCUUCUUGUUUUUCUCUCUUCAGUCAUUGUUUAUCAGGCUCUUGGGCCUGAAAUUUGGACAACCUUUGCACAACCUCCUCCCCAGUUGGUUGCUGAGCAUGAUUCCAGAUGGUGUGAGACAUCCCUUUGGUCACCUGGGGUCCCCUGUCCCAGCUGUGUCCCCUCCACACUCCUGGUGCACUCCCAGCCUCCUUAGGGCUGGGGUGAGAAGCAGAGAGGCCAUGAUGCUGUGUAAGCCCUGCUCAGCAAUAGCUGAAACAUCCCUGUGUUAUCAGCACAAAUCUGAAAUACAGCCCUAUACCAGCUACUGUGAAGGAAUUUAUCUCAGCCAGAACCACAGCUCUUGAUGCUUUAGUUUUGUCUGGUUUAGGAGAUUUAAUGGGAAUCUCCAGAACCAAUUCAGUCACAGACCAAAGUUGCAUCCUCCAGGUUAGACCUGGAGACCUGGGCAUGAAGCUCUUGGCUAUGUACAGUUAAGUGAAGUGAUUCUCAGGUGGGCCUGUGCCAAUGGCUAUGGAGUCUCCAAUGUUGCUGAGGGGCACUGACACUGAAGUUAACCAAUCUGGCCAAAUUAAGACAGGCUCUUCAUUCUUGAUUAAGAUUUGUGCAAAGCUGUACCUCACAUCUGUCUAAACAAGCAUCUACUCUGCUCGUUUUCUGUCCAUGGGAAGAGACUGUAAGGUUUUUUCAAUAUCUGCUGUCAGUCCAAACAUCAGAUCCAUCCAUGCUUGACCUUGGUACAUAAAACUUCCCUACUGGAUAAAAGCUGUUUUAGCUAGAAUGUUGAUAUUUAAAAGCAGUGCAGUUCUUAAUAAACAACUGGCAAGCUUUGCAACAGGAUAGUCAGUGUGUGCAUGGAUUCAUGAGUUCCAGAUGUACCUCAUCCACACCAGUGGCCUGACCAAAGGAACUAAUGCUGCCCCAGCAGGUAACUGCAAAUCUGCCAACUGUUUAUCUAUCAACAUCUUUAUAAAAACUGUGUUCUUUGGCCUUCAUUCUUCUGCAUCUGUUAACAGGCAGGUGUUCCGGUAAUGACCUUUUAAAUCUUCUGAUUAUACAAAUUACUUAAUGAAUAUGUAAAUAAGUUUCUUUUUUCUGCUUCUCAGUCUCUCAGUGUUUGCUCAUAUCAUUAGAUUAGAAAAGAAUCCAAAUUUACUGCCUUGUUUUUCCUUAGUGUAUAAUUUUGUUUUAUUCAUGGAAUUCAUGGUACAGAUGCAAUAACCCUGUCAGCUAGGUAGGAAAUAAAGGUCAUUCCAUCAACAUCAGAAAUAUGUGGAUUUCCUUUGAAGAACUCAGAGGUGAUACUGCUAGGAAAGGUAAAGUAUUUAAAGAUAAACCUUUAUUUUCCUGGUGGCUGAUACUCAAGUGGUUCUUUGGAGGGUUGAAAUAAUUUUCUGUUAGUCCUGUAGCUGGUGAACAUAUUUCAGCUCAAUUUCUUGUCCGGCUCUACUAAACUGCCAUGAAGAAACAUUGGCUUUCUGCAACACAAAUAAUGGUGUUGGCAUUCCUCGAGUCAAGGUCUGUCAGGGCUUUCUCCUUAGGCCUUUGUGGCAAAUUGCACCAGAAUAUCAGAGGGGUUCUGAGUUUCUCUUGCUGUUCUCAUUGCAAACUUUAUUCGUGCAAAAAUUUAAAUCUACAUUUUCCUUCUUUUUGGAAGAGACAAAUAAAUAGAACAUUUCUCAAGCUGUUAUCUUUUGUAAACCUGUACAACAAAUUUGUUUCAUCUUAUUAAUCAAAAGUGCUGUUGGGGAAGAGGUGGUGUUUUUAGGUGUGUUUGAAAACUUCCCUUAAUCUUGAGACAGAGACCCUUUGAGAUCUGUUCAGCUUUUUGAAGAAGUUGAACCUGACUUUGAUUAAUAAAAUUUCUUGAAAAAUGAGCAAGACAACACCAGUCUAUGACAGUCUUUUGAGCAACGGCACUGGCAGGUGAUGAAGAGCUGCCUGCAGAAGAAAUGUUCUGGACACAUUUGUACCUGUGAGUGCUGUGUCCAGAGCUCUUCCCUUUGUGCAUAUGCAUUCAGGAUCAAUUGGACUGAAGAAAGCAAUAACCUAAAACUACUUUCAGUAAUCAACAUUGUUUGUAAGGACUUGGGCCCUUUUUGUAAUGACAAUGUUCAUUUGCUUUGUUGUCUGGAAGGGAAACAAAGCCCUACAUCUGCCAGCUAUCACAGCUUCAACUUGUGAGCUAGGAAAAGCCAGGAUAAAUUCUCAAGCUUCUUCCUUAGCAAAUAAAUGCCUUCAGGUAUGGAUCCAGCACACAAACCUUCAGAAUAGCCAAGGAAGAUAAAAAAAAUCCACCUUGGGCCUGUUGUUUACUCCAUGAGAGCUGAAACUCACUUUAUAUUUAAACUCCCAUGUGCUGCUCUCAAGUGUUCUGAGAUCUUUCGACUUUCAGAAGGAAAUUGGACUAAUUUUGACAAAACCUUUCACCUUACCUGAAGGAUGCUAAGUGAAGGACACUGUGAUGACUGUGAUGUGAAACCAUGACACACAGCAGUGAGCUUCCCAUAUUCUUUGCUGAUCUGCUCCAGUCUGUUGCAGACCAAGACCUUGGCAGAGCCCAGCUGUGCCUGUGCCAGCAGCCCCUGUUGUGGCCACUGCCUGUGUCUGAGAGAAGAGCUUGGCUUAGAGCAGGCACCUGGACAAGCAGCUGGCCAAGGGCAGCUUUCAGGAGCAGCUGCAGAAUUUUCCACAGGAGGCCAGCAGUUCUUCAGGUUCAUUAAACCCUUGCAAAUAGGCACAGACCUUACCUAAAGUGCUCUGGAUAACAAUUCUUGGUGCUGGUCUCUGUGUGGCUGCUUGUCUGAGCACGGCCUGAGGCACAGCCCCAGGCUUCCAGCAGUGCUGUAGCUUUGGCUUUCAUUUACUCAGCAAUCACUGGGGGUUUUCACUUGGUUAGGGUGUUCAGCAUAGAUGUGUUCUGGGUCUUAUCUAAUCAGAGUCCUUUGUCUCUCCAGUUCCCCAUCAUGGUUCUAGCAAAGUUGCAAAAAUUAUAUGCUGUGGCACUGAGGAAAUUUCAUUCUCUGUUGUAUCUGUCACCACUGUUUGAAAACAGUGGGCAGUAGGAGUUCUGUUACUUUUAUUUUGUUACUGCUCAUGACUCUAGUAAGCAGAAGCUGU